CGUAGAAAAAGAUUGCAAAAAAGUACGAGUGCAGAGGCCGAAUAAUUCAAGGGAACUGUUGUAUAUCAAGCCACACAAAGGUAUUCAAGAGAAACUUCUGAUAGCACCAAAACAUUCCAGUAAAGAUGGAGCUAGCUUAAAGACUGAGAGGAUUACCAGGAGUAAUGUAUUGGACAGGCUACAGAAUUUUUUGCCCCGGAUGGCCCAGGCCAAUGAGAAGCUAAAAACAGAGAUGGAGAAAGCACCAGCUGGCCAGUUUAACAUUGAAAGCAUUGAUGACAGCUCGAAACAAAUAAUUGAAAUGGAUGUGGCAUUAGUGGAACUAAGUGAUUCAGAAUGUGAUGAUACAGAAGACUCUUCGUCAGAAGAUGAAAGCUCGGAACUAGACAGUGAGGAGGAGGAGGGCAACCUCCGACUCCCAGGAAAUCAGAAAAAGACGAAGGCAAAAAUUGAGGUGAUGGACAAAGUAAAUGGAUAAACUGCUUCUGUGAAGUUCACUGUUGACUUUAAAAUAACUAAUGUAUACAGAAUAAGGAGCCAUUGUUUACAGUGAAGACAUAGGUGACAUGUAUUUCUUUUCUUUGAGCAUUUUGUUGCACCUGUUAAUAUGUUUGGCUGCUUUGAACUAUACUGUAAUAUUUUACCAGUACUAUUAUGCAUUAAAUAUUGUUGACCAGUGAGCCCAAUCAUGAGAGUUUUGCCACAGAAAUAACGACUCCACUUUGCACUUGUGGAUCCUGAGGCCUUGUUCAUCAUGUGUGUAAUUCACCCACUCAUUAAAAGACACGUGGCUUACACUGGAACCAA